AUGCUUCCCUGUCUCCUGAAGAGUAUCAUCAGCAUCAUUGAUGUUUUCCACAAGCAUUCAAUGAAUUACGAGGAUUGUCACCGGCUUAACAAGACAGAACUUAAGAAACUUCUCCAACAAGAAUUGGAAAAUGCUCUAGAGGAUACAAGUAAUUCUGAGACAACAGAGAAAAUCCUCCAACAACUGGAUCAAAAUGGUGACAAAACAGUUGAUUUCAGUGAAUUUAUUUUGCUUUUGUUUGGAGUGACAAAAACUUAUUAUGCAUGCUUAAAAACUCUUCUCUGUCCUGAAUUUGUAAAAAGUGAUAGAAAAUCUGAAAGUCAAGAGCAACAAGCAACAGAACUAGAAGCCAAGCAUUUGGAGAAAGAAAAAUUCCGAGGAAAAACCCAGAGCCAAGAGUUCCAAGCUGCUCAGAGAGAUGAAAUGCAAGAACAGAUCCCAACACCCAGUGCUGAUGAGAAUUGUAGAAUGAGAGAGCAGAGUUUAGAAUCACAACACACUAAGAGACACCAAGCUAAAUUGCUAAGCCCUGAACCACAAAAUGCUGGAAGUCACCAAGAGAAAAAGCAAAUCCAAAUUCCAGGGGAUACUAAGAGCUACCAAGAUAGGAACCAGGACCUAAGAUACCAUGAUGUUGAGAAGAACCAAAUGAAAGACCAGAUGUCAACAUCACAGUGUGAUGAAAAGGACCAAGUAAGAGACAGGAACCCAGAUCCCCAAGAUGUUCAGAAACACCACAUGAAAGAACAGAUCACGACACCAAGAGAUAAUGAGAACCGUCAAGUGAUAACUCAGAACCUAGACUCUCAGGACGUUGAGAUACAUCAGGUAAAAGAUGAGAUCACAACACUAAGACAUGAUGAGAGUCAUCAAGUUAGAGAUCACAGGCUACAGUCACGUAAUGUUCCCCAAGAUGAAGCAAGAUGCCUGAGUCUUGAACCCCAGAAUGAUGAAAGACUCCAAAUAAGAGACUUGAUCCAAAUAUCAUGGCAUGAUAUGAGUCAACAAGGAAGAAGUCACAUUGUAGAAUCCCAGGAUGCUGAUAGAAUCCAAGUAAGGGAUACGACACCUAAACUUCAGAGUCAUGGACAAUACCAGAGAUCUGACAAUGACCUAAGCCCUGUGACCUGGGAAGUUCUCAAAAAACAAAUAAGAAACCAAAUCCCAACACCAAGAAAUGAAGACAGUCUUCAAGAACAAGAUCAGAAGCCGAGUUUCCAGGAUUUUCAGAAUAAUAAAGUUAGAAAUCAAAUCACAACAGCAUAUGAUAAUGAGCAACAGCAAAUUAAGGGUUCAAGCCUAGCAUCCCAGGAAUCUAGAAGUUGUCACGGGAGAGAUCAGAUCCCAACAGAAAUUGAUGAUAGGAGUCUUCAAAUGAGAGACCAGAACCCAGAAUUCCAAUUUAACAUGAGACAAAAAAGUAGAAAGCAGACUCCAAUACCGACCGCUGAUGAAUACCACAAAGAAGGAAACCAGAAUCCAGAACAAAAUAGCAGUGAAAUGCAAAGUGGAGAACAGAGACCUUCCCCAAAACGGAAUGAGGUAGAAGGAGGUAGAGAUCAGGCAGUAGCAGCAACAAUUUUUGAGAGAAGAUACCAAGCUAGAGAUAUGGCUCCACAACCCAGGUCCAAUGAAGCACAAAAAAUUCGAGAACAAAGACUAGAGGCGAAAGAAGAUGAGGUACAACAGGUGAGUGCUCAAAACUCAACACCAACAGAUGAAGAGAGGCAUCCAGUGAGAGAACUGAACUCAGAUAUUCAAAAUGGUGGGAAACAUACAAUUAGGUUACAGAGACUAUCCCCAUGGGAGGAUGAAAUUCUAGGAGUUAGUGACCAGACUCCAAUAAUAUACGAAAAUGGGAAAUACAAGAUAAGGAUUCAAAUGCUAGGGACAGCAAAUGAGAAGUGUCAAAUCAGAGACUCAAGCCCAGAGUUCAGGGAGAAUGGGAAAAACCAAUUUAAGAAAGAGAGUACAGCAACAUAUGAAAAAUGCCCAGUGAGAGACAUAAGCCCAGAAGUGAAUAAUGAAAGGAAAUACCAAGUUAUGAAAUAUAAUUCAGAACCUAGAAAUGAUGGGAUACAACAAGUCAGAGACCUAGGUCCAGAAAAUGUGAAUAAUUGGACAAACCAAGUAAGGGAGCAAGUAUCAUCUCCAACAGAGGAUGAGGGACACCAACUAAGAUAUGAAGCUCCGGCAACAAGUGAUGUUGGGAGAAGUAAAGUUAAGAAGCAGAGACCAGCUCAAGGACAAGAUGAAAGAUUCCAGUAUAGAUAUCAAUUGGAAGAUGAGAGUAGUAAAUUUAGAGAACCAAAUCUCGACCCCAGCAACAAUGGGGAAUACCUGGUAAGAGACCUGAACAUUGAACUCAAUAAUUACAGGAGGAAACAAGUUAAGGAACAACAAGAAAUUUUCAGGAAUAAAGGUAGACAGCAAGUUAGGGGGCAGGGACCAAAUCCAACAGGAAAUGAAAAUCAUAGAGUGAGAGACCAAACCCCAGCACUAAAAGAUGAUGGGAGAUAUCAAGAGAAACAUGUGAUUCCAGAAGUCUGGAAUGAGGGGAAACAGCUAGUUAGGGAGCAGGUUCCAAAUCUAUCAGACUAUGACAGGCAGCAAGAGAGAGUAAAAAUCUUAGCACCAAUUGAUGAUAGAGAAUACAAUCUUACAGUGCAGGAACCAUCUCUAAAACAUUAUGAAAGAGUCCAACACAGAGACCAAAUUCCUCUACCCAGGGAUGAUGAUAGAAACCAAAUGAGAAACCUGAGUCUUGAACCUAGUAAUACUGGGAGGCACCAAUUUAGUGAGGAGAGACCAGAACCCAGGAACAAUGAGAGGCAACUAGUUAGGGAGCAGAGACAAACUCUAACAGACUAUGAAAGAUACCAAAUGAGAAAACAAACUUCAGUAUCAAAAGAUGAUAAGAUACACCAUGUUGCAAAACAGAGACAAUCUCUGGGACAACAUGAAAUAUUUCCACAUAGGGAUCAUAUCCCCCUACCAAGAAAUGAUAGAAGAUGCCAAGUGAGAGAACUGAGCCCAGAACCCAGGAAUGAGUGGGAAAGUCAAGAUGAAAUACAGAGACCAGCUCCAAAAAAUUAUAAAACUUUGAGGCACAGAGACCAAAUAUCUGAACCCAGGGAUGAUUACAGAAGACAGGUAAGAGCUCCGAGUCCUAAACCCAAAGAUGAUGCUAGAUCUCACAGUAGGGAGCGGGGACUAGAAUUUAAGAGUAAUGAGAGAAAAGAAGUUAUGGAAGAUAGAGUGACUCCAACAAAAUUUGAGAACCAUCAAAUGAGAAAACAAAUAUUAGCACCAACAGAUGAUGAGAAAUACCCUGUUACAGAGCAGAGAUUAGUUCCAGCAGAAGAUGAGAGAUACAGAGUGAGAGACCAAACCCCAGCACAAAGGUAUGAUAGGAGACACCAAGAGAGAGAUGUGAGACUGCAGCUUGAUAAUAACGAAAAUCAAGUUAGGAGACCAGCUCCAAUGCCGUAUGAAAUAUCCCAACAUAGAUACCAGGUUUUCUCAUCGAAGGAUUAUGCAAGAUACCAAGAGAGGGACCAGAGCCCAGAAACUAUUCAUGAUGAGAGAAAUCAAAUUAGGGAGCAGAGACCAGUUCUUAGACAACAUGAAAGAUUACAACUUAGAGACCUAAUAUCAGAUACAAGCAAUGGCAGGCAAUAUCAAGUGAGAGUCCUAAGCCCAGAGCCCCAUGAUGAUGAAAAACAAAAAUUUAGGGGAUGGAGGCAAACUCCAUCAGAAGAUGAAGGACACCAAAUAAGAGACCAAACUUCAGCACUCAGGAUUGAUGGGCAACACCAAGAUAGAGACAGGAGACCAGAAAUUAGGAAUGAUGUGACAAUUCAAGGCAAAGAGCAAAGGCCAGUUCCAAGGGAGCAUGAAAGACUCCGAGAGAGAGAUAAUAUCUUCAUAUCAGGGGAUGAUGGGAGACAUUUAGAGAGAGACCUAAUUUCAAAAUGCUGGAGUGAUUGGAGAAGCCAAUCUAGGGAACAGAGACCAUCUCCAAAACAGUAUGGAAGAUCCCAGCAUGAAGACCAGAUACCUUCAGCAAGGGAUAAUGAAGGGUAUCAGGCAAGAGACAGGAGUACUAAGAUCAGGAAUUAUGGGGAUUAUCAAUUUAGGGAACAGCAACUCAAACCCAAGAAUGAAUGGAGCCAUCAAAUAAAAGAGCAGAUACUAACUCCAAGAGAAUAUGAGAACCCCCAAGUAAGAGAACACACCUCAGUGACAAUAGAAAAUGGGAAACGUCAAAUGAGAGAACUAAGUCCUGACCCUAACAAUGAUGAGAGACACAAAUGUAAGGAGCCUUCAAAAGAAUGUCAAGCAUCCCAAUAUCAAGACUGCACUCAACUACCAAGAGACAAUAGAAAACACCAAGAGAGAGCACUGAGCCCACAACCCAGGAAUGAUGAGAGAAGUCAAGUUAGAGACCAGAGACCAGGUCCAAGGCAAUUUGAAACUUUCCAACGUAGAGACCAAAUCCCUGAACUGAGGGAUGAUGACAGAAGACAAGUAAGAGAUCUGAGCCCUGAACCUAAGAAUGAGGAGAAAUAUCUUAAUAGGGAGGAGACACCAGCUUCAAGACAUUAUCAAAGAUUCCAGCAUAGAGACCAAACCCCAGCACCAUGGGAUGAGGAUGCAAAAAGCCCAGCAAGAGAACUCAGUCCUCAGCCGAGUAAUGAUGUGACAGGCCUGAACCCAGAGCCCCAAAAUGAUGGAGGAUCCCAAAGAAAAGACAUGAGACCAAAACUCAGUAAUGAUGAGAUAGACACUCGUGAGCAAAGGCCACCUUCAAGUUCUGGCAGAGGCUCAUCUCUAAGAAAAAACGGCUAUGAAGCCAAAGAGCCACUAGGGGACGCACAGGAUCAAAAGUAUUUUUCUGGGCAGGAAAAAAGUGAGGUUAGAAGUUCAGAUCCUCAGAGAUCAGCACUCCCCAGAAAAAUUGGUCCAAUUACCUGUGAGGUAUACUUGAUUCCUAAACAGAAAGGUAACUGGUUGUGCUAUUGCCUACACGAACCACCUAAAAUGAAAAAUAAAGGCAAUAGGCUAACUUCCCCAGAUCUGGGGCUGUUUGGAGAUGAUAGGAGGGGAGGAAGUUAUCACUACUACCCAAUUUGGGAUCCCGAAGAAUAUCUGUCCCGAGACAGGGAAGAAAGAUGGGAAGACUGUGUUGAUGAUGGUGAUCAGCAGAACAAACCCUAUCAUAUUCGCAAGCCUGGAAGCAAAUCUAUGCAGAGCCCCCAGAUACCAGAGGAGACCAGUUCCUCUGAUGAUGAGUUCUGA